AUGCGAAAGACGAGAAGGAGCUUCGAUGGGGAUGAAGCAGGACAGUUUAUGAGAAGUGUCAACAGUCAGAGUGUAAUCGAUCAAGCCACAGAAAUCGAUUAUAAAGCACUGGCACGAAAACUCGACAAGAGGCUGAUUCCUAUCCUUUUCUUCACCUACGCUUUGCAAUGUAUCGAUAAGAGUUGUCUUGGAUAUGCAAGUGUGUUUAUCCUCUCCAAGGAUCUAGGAUUGAAAGGCAAACAGUACUCCUGGUUAUCCUCUUUGUUCUAUUUUGGUUAUCUCAUCUGCGAAUAUCCGACCACCCUGUUGUCGCAGAAAUUCCCUCUUGGUAGAUUCAUCGGUUUGGCUAUUGUUGCUUGGGGUGGAAUUCAUCCUGGGCGGCUUCGAAUCCCUCAUCACCCCUACAUUCAUCUUGAUCAACGGAUUGUACUAUACACGAAAGAGCAGGUGCUCAGAACAGGAGCUUGGGCGGCAGCCAAUGGAUUUGGAUCUAUGGUUGGAGGCAUUAUUGCUUUCGGUAUGGGUCAUGUCAACACUGGCAUCUCGGGUUGGAAGUGGAUCUUCGUAAUUAAUGGUUUGAUCACCGUAAUAUGGGGUGUCCUGGUCUUCCUCCUACUUCCACCUGCUCCGAUGCAUGCCAAGUUUCUCACGGAGAGUGAGCGUGUGUUGGCAGUUCAUCGAAUUAGAAGCAACAAUACCGGAAUCUUAAAUCGACACUUGAAGUGGAGUCAAGUGCGAGAAGCUUUGAAUCCCUUCGAAGAUCCCCAAGGUCUACUGUUAUUUUUGGUCAUAUUCUGCAAUGAGGUUUUGAAUGGUGGUUUCGGUGCUUUUGGGACACUCACCAUCAAAAGUUUCGGCUUUAACUCUCUUCAAUCGACUCUUAUUUACAUUCCUCAAGGAUUCAUCAACAUGAUCUGUAUUUUAUUUGGUGGAUGGCUUGCUCAGAAGAUCCCCAAUGGUCGAAUCUACGUUUCGAUUGGUAUGCUGGUACCUACCUUUAUUGGAUUGCUCUUGCAAAUCGUGCUCCCUCGUUCGAACGUGGCGGGUUUACUGACAGGAGUAUAUCUGUUCCCGCCCUUCGCUACUUGUCUGUUCAUCUGUCUCUCCUUACCCGGAGUCAACAGUUCGGGCUAUACCAAACGAAUCACAUUGUCGUCCUACGCGUUCCUAGGGUACGCUUUGGGUAAUAUCAGUGGACCAUUCAUGGUGAAAACCGGAGAAACUCCAGCCUACAGAUCAGUGUUUGUUGCCGAUAUCAUCUGUAUUGCUCUUCAAGCUGUCUUCUUGGUGAUCCUCCGUAUCUACUAUGUCAGAGAGAACAGGAGGCGAGACAAACUCUUCGCGGAAGGUCAGGUUCAGAACAGCCCGGACGACGAGUUUGCCGACAAAACCGAUCUUCAGCUUCCUGGGUUCCGAUAUGUGUGUUGCGAAUACGCCAUUUGGCUGACAAUAAGUGGCUGGUCAAGUGAAGGAACAGAUCCCGAUUACGUGGAUUGA